AAAAAAAAAAAUCUUGUCAACUAAAAGUGCACGUAAGCUUCUGAGUCACAUAUCUCGGUUUCUUCUCACAAACGUUACACCUAGAGAACAGGUCUCAUCUGGCCACCACUGAGAGAGCAAAAUGGGGUGCUUCUUUUCGAAAAAAUCCAAAAGAAAGUCGUCGGAAAAAGAGGAACGCACACCUACAACAACGACGGUCGAAACUACGACGACAAGCAACGCGGUUCCCCUUGGCAACAACACCGACGAGCCACCGAAGCAGUACAGCUGGGAUAAGAGGGAAAAGGUUGAUCCCAAAGACUACAUGCUGACAGGGCUCAAAGAUGUGACGGUGGGCCGCCUGCCUGGCAAACUGAACGGGCAGCAGUUUGUCAUACAAGAGUGCGAGAACUGCGACAUCUACGUGUUCGACCACUCGGCCACCAUCACCAUCGACGACUGUGUCAACUGCCGCAUCGUUCUCGGGCCCAUCAAGGGCAGUGUGUUUUUCAGAGACUGUAAGGACAUCAAGUGCGUGGUGGCCUGUCAGCAGUUUCGCACGCGGGACUGUAAAAAGAUGGAGGUGUUCUUGUGCUGCGCCACCCAGCCCAUCAUCGAAUCAUCCACAGGUAUGAAAUUCGCUUGCUUUCAGUACUUCUACCCCGAGCUGGCCUUCCACUUCAAGGAUGCCGGGCUGAGCAUAUUCAACAACAACUGGAGCAACAUACACGACUUCACUCCGGUGUCCGGAGAGAACAACUGGAGCCUGUUGCCAGAGACUUCAGCUGUCCUGGAUUUCGUGCCGGCCCCGGACUCUGAGUCUGAGUUCAAGUCGGUGCGAAUCUCCACCGACCCCGCACGCAGCAUUGUGCCUUUGACGAAAGGAGGGAGGCGUAAAGACAGCGAAGAGUCCUGCCUUUUUGUUUUCUUUGCUGGAGAGUACACGACUGCAAACGCCCGCAAACUGAUUCACGAGGCGACUGCUCAAGGUUUCACGCUGAUUCAGACAAAGGAAGUCUCAAUGCGACCAGAAGAUGUGAAGAGGGUGUUUCAGAAUAACGCAGACGACCUGGUGGAGUGGAUCACCAAAGGUCCCGUCAUCGCUCUGGAGCUCAACGGUGAUGGAGUGGUGGAAGCCUGCAAGAACACUGCAAGCGAAGUGUUCAGUGGGACCAAGGUUUACGUCUCUGAUAAUAAGAACACAUCCUCUCGAGACGUGGACAACUUCUUCAACUUUGCUGACAUGCAGAUGGGCUUGUGAAUGAGUUUCAGAACAAAGCUCUCAUCAGACUGAUUCAGAGUGUCUAAAAAAAAAAAACCCCUGCCGUCCAGUUUGGGUUGAUUUAUAAUUAGCGUCCAAUUCUUUGCCUCUUUUUAUCCUAAAACAAAAAAAACUAGGUAGAAAAGGAAACUAUUAAGGACUGUGUUUGAUAACGCCUUUGAUAGAACAACAAAUUCAUCAACCAUGAGUCUGUCUUUGCAUCAUCAUCUAAAAACUAGGAGUAAAACAUUCGCUGUAAACCACCUAACAUCCAUUAGUUGCUAACUAAGCGUGCUGUGAAUAUUUAUAUUUCUCUGAAUGUAUGUGCUCGUUCUGUUGCUUUUAUCAACUGUGAAUGUAGCUCUUUGCUGUAAAUGUGAUUCUUAAUUUAAAGCUUUGUUUUCCUGUAAAGCCUGAAACAAUCUCUGCAGCCGGGGGAAAGGGGGG